AUGACCUUUGACUCAUUCUCCCCCCGGGAGGUAAGCGAGCUGGUCUCGAAUGCUGGAACCCACAAGGGCCAUACCCGGCUAGAUAAGGUGUUCUUGAGCUCAGUCUCUGCAGGCUGUCUGCUUGCCUUUGCGUGCGGAACAGCCCUCAGCACCAAUGCCACGCCGUGGUUCCAAGACAACGCCGCAGGAUUGAUUCGCACGAUUAGCGCCUUGGUCUUCCCCUAUGGAUUGUGCAUGAUCAUUCUCACAGGCGCGGAUCUUUGCACCGGCUCCUUCAUGUUCACAACUGCAGCGGCCUUACAACGCCGAUUGCCAUGGUGGAGGAUGCUUACUCAUUGGGGAGUGACCUUUCUAGGCAAUCUCGCAGGGUCUUUAUUUGUCGCAGUUCUAAUCCUUGGAUAUGGCAAUGUGUUCUCUACGGAGCCCUUUAAGUCUGCCGUGAUUUCAUUUGCCACCAAGAAACAAGUUCUGCCCGACUUCCACAUGGUCUUUUUACGGGGAAUUGGAUGCAACUGGCUGGUGUGUCUCGCUUGCUUCUUCGGCAUGCAAGGCCGCGAUCUUGCAUCGAAAGUUAUCGGCAUCUGGUGGCCAACCUUCGCUUUUGUCUCACUCGGCUUGGAUCACGUCGUCGCGAAUAUGACAUUUAUUCCCUUAGCUAUCUGGCUAGGUGCACCCCAUAUCUCUGUUGGCCUGUACAUCUGGAAAGGCAUUAUUCCUACUUUAUUGGGGAACAUUCUUGGGGGCGGACUUUUCUGUGGAACUUAUUAUUGGUAUAUCUACCUUCUGGAAUGGAACGCUUUCCCUCUGUACAGACUGAAACAGAAUGGCGAUUCCUCGCCGUCAAAUCAAGUCACCGCAAAGGAGGGGGAUAUCGAGGCAUCUGCUGGAGUGACCGACAGUGGGAGUACCUAG